CAUAGUUUUUGCUACCACAACAAGGGCGAGUGAGAGAAGGAGAGAGGGAGAGAGAGGGAGGGAGUGAGAGAGAAAGAUGGAGGAGGAGGAGCACGAGGUGUACGGCGGAGAUAUUCCCGACGAAGGUGAGAUGGACGCCGACGCCGACGUUGACAUGCCGGCUCCAGAAGAUGACGCCGCGGCGAAGGAGUUGGAUGAGAUGAAAAAGCGAUUGAAGGAGAUGGAAGAAGAAGCGGCGGCUCUUCGAGAAAUGCAAGCCAAAGUAGAGAAGGAGAUGGGGGCAGUACAAGAUCCUGCUAGCGCUGCUGCUGCUCAAGCAAGCAAGGAAGAGGUGGAUUCAAGAUCUGUCUUUGUUGGAAAUGUGGAUUAUGCUUGUACUCCGGAGGAAGUUCAGCAGCAUUUUCAAUCAUGUGGAACUGUAAAUCGUGUGACUAUUUUGACAGACAAGUUUGGCCAGCCCAAGGGCUUUGCAUAUGUUGAGUUCCUCGAACAAGAAGCUGUUCAAGAAGCCCUCAAUCUGAAUGAAUCUGAAUUACAUGGCCGUCAAUUGAAGGUUAUGAUGAAAAGGACCAAUGUACCUGGAAUGAAACAGUUUCGUGCGAGGCGGUACAAUCCUUACUUUGCAUAUGGAUACAGGAGGCCUUAUGCACCACCAUAUUUCUAUCCUCCCUAUGGUUAUGGCAAGGCUCCAAGGUUCAGGCGGCCAUCGCGCUACAUGCCUUAUUAUUGAAAUCCCAAAUUGCUGGCCUGAUUGUCGAAACGCCGCAUCCUCAAGUAAUGGUCCAUUUUCUUUCUACUUAAUCUAUAUGGCUUACUUGCUCAAUAUGUGCCAUUGGCUGGCGAUGAUCAUAGUGUUUUAUGCCUUGUGUGUCCUUUUAAUCCCUGGUGGUCCUAUUCCUAUUAUAUUUACAUGCGAACAACUCAGAACCUAUUUAUCUUGCAAGGUCUAUACCCAUUUGCUGAGGUUAUGGUGACUCUUACUUAAUAAUUUACAGCAUUAUAUAGUUAAGACAUCUCUUGUCCUUCGACUGCUCAAACUUAGCCGUCUUGAUUAAUUCUACGGCAUCUAUGGUUUGUGGUAUGUUAUAACAUGGUAUUUUAGAUGCUUUGUCUGGAUGUCUAGUCUGUGAAAUAUAACAAAAUUAGUUGACUUUUAUGUUUA